GUCUAGGGACGUCGCGCGGAGCGAGGCGAGGGACGGGAGACCGCGGCGGUGAGAUCAGGUGAAAUCUAUUGAGUUGCAGUCGAUGAAUCGGGACGCCUGAGAGAGGGUUCUCGCCAUACGGGUGAAGGGAUAAAAGGCAACUCGGACUCGAGACCGUCGUCGAGAAUGGCCGACAACGAGCAGAAGGCGACGCUACUGGUGGCGGAGGCCGGGAGGAAGCUGUCGUCGUCGAAGGGCUUCUUCGGCGCCCUGUUCGGGAGCUCGUCGAAGGUCGAGGAGGCGGUGGAAUGUUACACACGGGCGGCGAACAUGUUCAAGAUGGCAAAGAAGUGGAGCUCGGCGGGGAAGGCGUUUUACGACGCGGCCGAUUUACACGCGAAGGCCGGCAGUCGUCACGACGCGGCGAACAAUUACGUCGACGCGGCCAAUUGCUUCAAGAAGUCCGACACGAACGAGGCGAUUAGCUGCUUGCUGAAGGCCAUCGAGAUCUACACCGACAUGGGCCGUUUCACGAUGGCGGCCAAGCAUCAUCAGAGCAUAGCCGAGAUCUACGAGAGCGAGGCGGUCGACCUGGAGCGCGCGGUGCAUCAUUACGAGCAGGCCGCGGACUACUUCCGCGGCGAGGAGAGCAACUCCUCCGCGAACAAGUGUCUUCUGAAGGUCGCGCAGUACGCCGCGCAGCUUGAGAAUUACGACAAAGCCAUUCAGAUCUACGAGCAGGUCGCUUCCGCGGCAUUAGAAAGUUCUCUACUAAAAUACAGCGCCAAGGAAUACUUCUUCCGCGCCGCGCUGUGCCACCUGUGCGUGGACUCGUUAAACGCCCAACACGCGAUCGAGCGUUAUCAGGAACAGUACCCCGCUUUCCAGGACGCUAGAGAAUACAAACUGGUCAAGACGUUGAUAGAGCAUUUGGAGGAUCAGAAUCUAGAGGGUUACACAGAAGCGGUGAAGGAGUACGAUUCAAUUUCAAGAUUGGAUCAGUGGUAUACGACAGUAUUGUUACGUAUAAAAAAGCAAAUUAACGAUAAUCCAGAUCUACGCUGAUCAGCUCCCCACUUAUAUUAUUUUCUCGCAACGAUAUUAUCAUUAUUCCCAGACCAUGCGUAUUCGUUAUUGAGCCACGCUCUACUUUCAACUUGGGAACUAUAAAAGUAGUUUCGUUUUUUUUUUUUUUAUAAAUCCGGAUGUAAUGCGCUUUUGGCAAUUUAUUUGUUAUAUUUUAUCUUGUUUAAAUCAACAUUAAGAGUAUCCAUAAAAUCGUGGAGAAUCACGGUAUGCAAGAAUGUGAGAGACGUAUAUUUCGAACGUCGUAAUCCUCGUGAUUAUUUUUUUUUUUAUUAAUGAAAUAUAUGAUCGGAUACAUCAGCAAUACAUCAGCAAAUGUUAUACUGAGAAUAUCCUGGUUUUUGUUGUAAAAUAACAGCUUGGAGAGUCUUUAUUUUGCUUACCUUGUGUACUUUGUGCGUCUCGUUUUCUUCAAGAAAAAAAAAAAACAAAAUUUCGAUACUCUUACUAAGAAUUAACCAUAAUUAUAUUAUAGACUUUAGGUUUAAAAGCCUAAAUAACAAACUACAAACAGCACACUGGAUCGAUAAAUUUUUUUUAUUUGUUUCCCGCCACCAGAUAAUUUUGCAACACACGUUUCUCAAUUAUAUUUUCCUCUCUCGUUUAAUAGAGCAAGAGAAGCAGGUCUUUGUAUAUUGUUUCCGUGUAUAUAAUCUCCCAUAUUUAUUGAAUGUGUAACAAAAACUUUCCUUCGUUUUCUUUAAAAUAUGACUGUCGAUACGAUUUCUGCUUUUUCCUCGUAAUUUUUUUUUUUUUCUACGAUAUUUUACGGCGUGGAAAUUACGAUCAAAUACGACCGUCAUUUGUCACUCUUGCACUGCCAAAGUAUUAAGGUAACGAGUGUAGAAUACGUCCAAUUGGUACAGUUCACGAUUUUUUCUCUUUGUUCUCCCCCCCCCCCUUCCUCCCUCCGGCCUCUUCUGUCUGGCAAAUUCGUCUGAUUUGGAAAUACGGCUGCUACUUUGUUAUAGGUUUACAGCUUUAGGUCGAGCGAUACUAUUAGCGUAACACCAUACAUUAUUCCUUCCCGAUAUCGAGCUAAAAAGAGACACACGUCGACAUAAUCCAUUACACAAUGUUUUCCCGCAAUAAGGUAGCGUUGUAUCUAAUCUAAUUAGUACUUAUCGCCUACGGUUAAGCAUACUCUUACAGAGAAAAAAGAGAGAGAGAGAGAAGUAAGCUGAUAGGGAACACGAUCGCGAAGUGCAUUUACAGUUGGAAUACCGUAAAACGAUUGCGUUAUCAGAAUUUGAGUGUCUAUACCGAUCUUUCUACGUUUCUUUUCACAUCAUGCUCGAUGUUACCGCAGCUCGUUUUUUCUGCAGUACAAUCGAUUUGUGAUCGGUGCAAUCGGUAAUUUUUAACGAUACUCGCAAAACCUCAAACCUUGUUUCACCUUAACGAGAAAUGUAGAAACAUUAAUGUUAAUGUUGCAAAAGUUUCGAAUACAUUAUUGUCAUAAGAGCUGCGAGGUGCACACGCCCAAGCGUAUAGACAUCCACAAUUAAAGCGGAUGCUCGGAAAUUGAUUUAACAAUCGGUCGCAUUAAGAAUCUUCGCAUUUUAUAUAUAAGAGCAUAUAUAAAUAAUAUAUAUAUAUAUAUUGAUACGAUAUUUCAGUGACACAUGAUACAAUUCCGCUGUUAACUAGGAAUUAGAAAGGAAUUAUCUGCAUGCACGCGAUUAAAACGGAACAUGCACUUAGCGUAAGCGUAUGUAUACUUAUUUGGAAAAAAAAAGAGAGAAAAAAAAGCAGAAAGAGAAAUGUGGAAGACACGCACGUAAUAAUAAAAAUUUCAAACUCUCACACCCAAGUGUGCGCUGCUUUCCGGAAGAAACGAGGUGGAAGCCAGAGACCUACAAUACGCCCGGGAAUUCUUGUACAGCUCUGACGCGAGAACGAAGCGACGAUUUUAAUUACGAUGUUCCGCAAUGUUUUGCCCGCAUAAAUAAUCUAUCUAAUUUGCAGCCGUUAACGUAAUUUACAUUUCGCGUUUCGCUUGCGUGCUGCUUACACACAGGGUCUAAACGACGUUGAUGUGCUGCAAACCGUUUUUUUUUUCUGCAAUUGCUUGUGAGGCAGGCACGCCUGUAAAUAACGAGAGACCGCUAAGUGUGCGUCGCGCAUCGACAUUUACCUGAUUAUUUUCUGUACAGUUUAAUAACGUCUAACGCUUCCAUAUACGUAUCUUUAGGAAGGCAUUGUACACGCUGUCGUUUAAGUUUGUUGGAGCAAUACGAGUCGAAUGUGAAGUCGAAAAAAAAAAGCUGGAAAAUGCCCAUGAUUUAUUUUGCGCGAACACCAUAAUGAUGAUGAUGCUGAUGUUUGGUUUAUCUACUGAUUGUUACGCGUCAAUCGAUCACGGAAUUUAUAUUAGACAGGAUUAUAUAUAUAUGUUUUAUAUACUUUACUGUAUACAUUAUAAAAAUGUUUAUCUUUCUUGUUACACUCUUGUAUUUAUAUAUAUAUAUAUCUGUAUGUUGAGAUGUAUAUCGUUAAUUUUUCUUUUUGUCACUUUUGUAGUUGAAUAGAGCGUAAUACCGCACGCGCAAACGAAAUUUGUAUAAUUUGUAAUUAUAAAAACGUUAUAUAAUUGCGACGAUAUAAAUUCUUAUGUUUCUUUUUUUUUUUAAUAUGAAACGUACGUUAAUUUAUUUGCUUGUAUAUAUCUUUAAAUUUCUGGUUCGUAUUUACUUGUACGUUUACGCAUACGGAUAACAUAAUAAGUUAUAGAUUUUAGUUGUAAUACUUGAAUGUGUAUAACCAGCUGAUGCUAGUGUUUAGUAUACAUUUUACUAAGAAAUAAAGUAUACAUAUAGCGAUUGAA